ACUGGCACCCCGUGGUGGUACUGGUGGAUGUUCUACUACUGCAAACGGUAGUUGCUGGAGUAUUUCUUAGUAUUUUCUCACUCAUUCCUCUUGGCUAGGCUCCAGUGAGGCUCCUUGCAUUCUCUCCUUACCUCCAACCACCUCAUUGUUUGUCUGUUGAGACCGCAGGCCGUGAAUACUCUCACCUCGUAAGUUUAUUCACCUCUUGCCUAAGUCUCCUGCUCCUGCUGCUGAUACUGUUUUUUCUGUCACGAGAGAAGAAAGGCGUCUCCCAGCCCUUCAAAAGCUUUCCCAGUUAUAUUUUGCAGCGAUAAAGCAAGGCCGCUCAAGAAGCAGCUCUGCCAGUCACUUUAAAGCAGUCUUCUGUACAGCUCAUAGAUCCCAUAAUAAAAAUGAAACCAGUCAAUCUCUUCUCACUUUCCCUACCUUUUAUCACUUUUCUUAUUGCUAGCUAUCAUCAAGUUUCUUCUCAAUCUCUACCAAACAUUACCAUCAGACCAUCAGACGAUACAGCUCUCCAUUCAUCCAGUAACAUAAGACUGGACUGUACCGCUAAUACCACUAGCAAUGUCUCCUACCAAUGGUUGCGCAACGGGAACAUUGUCUUACCCACGUCCAAAAUCUCCAUACUACCCAAUAACUCUCUCUUAAUCAGUGGGUUUGAGAGUGUACAUAAUGGUAACUACAGUUGCAAUGUUACCAAUGGGAAUUGGACACUCAUCAGUCACAGUGUGUUAGUAUCACUGGCUUAUGUUACCUCGAGUCAGAAUGGCCAAACAGUCCAGAAAAAUGUUACUAGGAAUAAUUAUACAAUACUGCCUUGCCUUCCAAGUUAUACUGGAUACCCUCUUCAUGAGCUAAGCCCUUUAUGGCAUGUUUACGAUUUAGCUAACUAUCCAAUGUAUGUUCUUUUUGUUGGUUCUGUUAAUUCUGAAAACAGCGCUAUAGUUGGAGGCAAUGGCGACCUUUAUUUAAGGAAAGUUAUUACACCACUGAAAUACGAGUGUCGGUUAACAAAUAGUAUUACUCAGAGUUAUCAGUAUCAUGCUACUACUAUUAAUGUUGUUGGUAGUAUUGCAGAACUAGCUCCUACUCCACUAGCUGUACCUACUGAUGUAACUGUGGCCAAAGGAGAUAGGACCAGCAUGAACUGUAUAGCCUCUGGAAGUCUAUCAGUUGUUAAUAUGACUGGUCCUGAUGGUGCUGUGAUAUCAAAAGGGAUCCAAUCAAUAAAUAGUGCUGAUUCCUCUGAUGAGGGGUCCUAUUCGUGUGAUAUUACAGGAACCCCUGGGACCUACACAGGAACCCUUACGAUCAAACAUGCUCCAUCUAUUACUGUUCAUCCACCUUCAUCUGUCGACAUCACUUAUGGUAGCUCCCUUACUUUAUCAUGCACUGCUACUGGUAGUGACAUUAGCUGGGUCUGGUAUCACAAUGGCAUUAAGAUCUCUGACUCCUCCACACUAGUAGUAAGCACAACAGGGCUAGAGGACUCUGGAGCCUAUCAAUGCUUUGCUACUAAUGAAGCAGGAGUGGACAGUAAAAGUACACUAGUUACUGUAAAAACUGUGCCUCCAUCCUUCACUAAUAAUGGCCGACUAUCAAACACGCUUGGUUUUGCAAGAGAGAACCUAACGCUCCGUUGUAACGCAACUGGUGCUCCAGCACCAUUCUACGAGUGGAAGAAAGAGGAGACGAGUAUUAGUGAAAGUAAUUCUGACUUUUCGCUCUCUUCUCCUGGUGUCCUGGUGUUUAAGUCUCUCAACAGUGCACUCCAAGGGAAUUAUACUUGUAUUGCUAAAUCAAUGAUUGAUCCUCAGACUGUCGUUGGUAUGGUGAGCAGCACUGCACAAGUGUAUGUAGCAGAACCUACCGUCAUUACUUCAGUACACAAGCCCAGUAUCAUUAUAUACAAGGGUGAAUCAUUUGUAUUGAACUGCAGUGUAUCUCAUGAUACCAGCAAGACUAACAUUGCCUUACACUGGACACUGAAUGGUACUAUCAUUCCCAACAAUACUCACACUCGAUUGAUGCGAUCAGCAGAUCAAUCUGAGCUCAGCUUGAGGGUAAUGGCAGCUGGCAGCAAUGACUUGGGACAUUACCAAUGCCAAGCUCUCACUUCUUACAUCAACACUCCCUUUCUCACUGCUCCAGUUGUAUACUCUGAAAGGACUUCUAUAAUAGUCACAAAUUUUCCUGUCAAGCCAUCAGUGACUAAUGUUAGCUCAUCCUACCCAACAGUAUUGGAGGUGAAGUGGAUUUACGAUGGCUAUGAUUAUAAUGUAGAAUCAUAUAGAAUAGAAAUACAGAAUUCAACCAGUGAUGCAUGGUACCCCAGUAAGCCUAACACUGCUAUAUCAGCCACCAGUACCACUCGUGCUUAUAUUGUGGAGUUAGAGCCUUAUUCGUAUUAUUCUGUUAGAGUUGUGGCAAUUUUAACUGAUGGCAGAGAAGUAGCUAGUGAUCCUUAUGGCCCAGUUAGGACUGCUCAAGCAGUUCCUGGGUUGCCUCCUCAAAGAUUAAGAGCUGUAUCACGAUCAAAAACUGAUAUCACUCUCUUCUGGGAGCCUCCUGCCGUUACUGCUAGAUACGGUGUCAUUACUGAUUAUACUGUCUCCUAUUGGGUAUCAUCUACUGGUGCGUCCCCACCCCAAUCCUCUUCAAUCAUCAACCAAACUAUCGGCUCCAAUGCCACCACACACGUAUUGAGUAGACUAGCAGGUGGCAAUACUUACUGGAUAAGGAUUGCCGCACAUAACACUGCUGGAAUGGGCCCAUUCUCCUCAACUAUUAAUGCUACCACUGACUCUAACAUUGGAGGCACUAGUGAUAGUGAUGACCCCAUUCAUAGGAAGACCUGGUUUAUAUUCUUAUUGUGUUUCGUUGGUCUGAUACUCAUUAUACUGGGAGUGGCCUGCAUUGCUACUGCGAGGUGGAACUCAAAUAGAAAGGGACACAAAUAUCCAGUUGGUAGCAGUUUUCGUGGGGAAGAAGUUGUUGAUUUCAGUCGAGAUGUUGUGAAUGAUUACGAAAAGAGAAGAAAACCUUUGGAACCCAUUAAUUCAGUUUUUUCAGAUGAUGAAACUCGAGAGUCUGAGAGCUCACAGGCCACACUGCCCCAGAGCAUGACUCAUGCUAUGUAUGGCCCAUCAACUGACAGUGUCAUCAGACGAGGUAUCCCUCUACAUGUACCUCCACUGCCAGGCUAUGCAAUGCCUCCCUCUUACAUCAAUCCACCAUCAUUUGAAGACUCCAUGAAACAAAGGUUAAAUAAGAGAAGGUCUGCUAGUAUGUCUUUUCUCGAAAGAGCGGAACAUUUCAAUUUAGGUGGCUCUGGCUGGAGUGUAGGACAUGAUCCCAAAGCAGGUUUUCUAAUGUAUGAAGAUGUUGACACAGAUUCUGUUGAUAAGACACACCUCCAUCACAUUCAGGACGACAUCAGUGGGGGCAGCAGUGACAGCAGACUGCAAUCGAACCCCCUAGCAACCAGGAGCGGUUCCCUAGCAACCUUUGUUUAAUAUCAAGCACCCUCUACCUCUCUCUCUUUAUUGAGUUUUAAUCAAAUAAAUAUUCCAGUGACAUUACACAUUUAUGAUCGGACACUUCAUCUCUCUCUCUCUCACUGUCUUUUGCUUUUAAUGUGUAUAUGUACAUUUAGCUCUGUAAUAAUAAUAAUUGUCCUUAAAUUCUAUUACAUUAUCUCCAAUACUAUAUACA